AUGUCUUCCGCACCUACUACCCAAGACCAGGCAAAUUCCAAGGACUGGUCCGCAUCCCAAUAUCUAAAAUUCAACAACGAGCGCACCCGCCCCGUCUACGACCUCAUCACCCAAAUCCUGCCUCACAUCUCUUCCCUCUCUCCCCGCAUCUACGACUUAGGCUGCGGCCCCGGAAACAGCACUCGCGUGCUCACGUCCUCCUUCCCAGGCGCCCACGUGACAGGCAUGGAUUCUUCGCCUGACAUGCUACGUCGCGCCAACGACGAAUUUCGCUCUGACUCUGCAAACGUCGACUUCGUCAGCGGAGACGUUUCGGAUUUCGCUGUGGAAAAACACACGGAUUUAGUCUUUAGCAACGCAGUAUUCCACUGGCUCCGCUCCGGCGACAGAAUCCCUGCUUUACAGCGCCUUUUCACCUCGCUGAAGCCCGGCGCCAUACUCGCAUUCCAGAUGCCAGAUAACUACCACGAGCCCUCCCAUGCACUGAUGCGAGUAGUCGCCACCCUCCCCUCGCAACCCUGGUCCAAAUACUUCGCAGACGCGCACGUGGGCGAUUUGAGCGAUACCCAGCGCCCAGAUCUCGAUCCCAUCGAGCCCACAGCGCAGUUUUACAAUGCGUUUGUGGAAAAUGCGAGCUUGGUCAAUAUCUGGCGCACAAAUUAUCAUCACGUGCUGAAUGAUGCGCCGGCGAUUGUGGAGUGGGUCAAGGGAACGGGGUUGCUGCCGUAUUUGAAUCGCAUCGAGGAUGAAGGUGCGAAAGCGGCUUUUUUGAAGGAAUACGAAAGGAGGCUCCAAGGGGCGUAUCCGAAGCUGGCGGAUGGAAAGGUCAUACUGGUGUAUCCGCGGUUCUUUGUUCUUGUUGUGCGCAAGUAG